UACGCAUCCAAAUCCCUAUAAAUCUCUCUCCUCGGCCUUCGACUACUCCAUCCUCGCUCAUCUUAAUCCUCUCUCAAGGUCUAGGGAUACCAACGAAGGCCGCUCAAGAUGCAAAUCUUUGUCAAAACUCUCACUGGAAAGACGAUCACCCUUGAGGUUGAAUCCUCUGACACCAUUGACAAUGUCAAAGCCAAGAUCCAGGAUAAGGAGGGAAUACCCCCGGACCAGCAAAGGUUGAUAUUUGCUGGCAAGCAACUUGAGGAUGGCCGCACCCUUGCUGACUACAACAUCCAAAAGGAGUCCACCCUCCACCUUGUACUCCGCCUCCGUGGUGGCAUGCAAAUCUUUGUCAAAACUCUCACCGGAAAGACCAUCACCCUUGAGGUUGAGAGCUCGGACACUAUCGACAAUGUGAAGGCAAAGAUACAGGACAAGGAGGGCAUUCCUCCAGACCAGCAGAGGCUCAUCUUUGCUGGCAAGCAAUUGGAGGAUGGCCGCACCUUGGCUGACUAUAAUAUCCAGAAGGAAUCUACCCUCCACUUGGUGCUGAGGCUCAGGGGAGGGAUGCAAAUUUUUGUGAAAACCCUCACGGGGAAGACCAUCACUCUGGAGGUUGAGAGCUCGGACACUAUCGACAAUGUGAAGGCAAAGAUACAGGACAAGGAGGGAAUCCCACCAGACCAACAGAGGCUAAUCUUUGCGGGUAAGCAGCUCGAGGAUGGGCGCACACUGGCAGACUAUAACAUCCAGAAGGAAUCCACUCUUCACCUGGUCCUUCGUCUCCGCGGUGGCCAGUGAACUUCCAGCAUUUGCUGCUAUUAGUGUGAUGCUCCUCUAGUCUUCUGGUGUCUGAUGUUUAUGUUUGAAGUUUAGUACUAGUCGGUCCUGUAUUUGGAUGGUAUGUUCUGAUAUGCUGGAGUAUUGCAUCUAUAAUUAAUGGAAUAAAAGGUGAACCUCACCACCUUGUGUUGAGGAUUUAUGAUUAUUAUUACCAUGGAAGUUUGAAUGAAUGCAGAAUCUUUUUGUA